AUGGUCUCGGCCGUAGUACGUUCUUCACUUCUCACCCAUAACAACACUCAACACACCCAAGAACUCGUCCAAGCCAUCAUUGACAGAGCCCAUCUCCUCUCCCAAGCAGACCACGAAGCCAAGAAAGCAUCAAGAAACAUGAAACGCGCCCGCAAAUACGAGAGCAUUCGCGUCCUCGUUGCCACAGAUACCAUGGAUGAAUCCGCACCACAGUACAGUGCAUCUGCUACCACCAGGGGAUGCAUGGCUCGAUCUCCUUAUCAAGAAGAAGUCUUGGAAGCCGGUAGCGAGUUGGAUGUGGCGAGGCAAUAUUGGCACGCUCUGGGAUUCGAGCCGACGGGUAUGCUGACGCAGUUGCAUUGUAAGGAUGCGCAGGUACAGGUCGAGACCAAGAAGCGUGGGGUCAAGCGUAGAAGAGGAGGAUAG